AUGGAGUGGUUUGAGUUAAGCUUGAUUCGUGCAUGUUUUGCAGCAUUUCUUUGCUUUGGAGAAACAGAGGUAAGAAGAUUAAUUGCCAGAAAACUAACGUUAACAGUUAGAGGCUUAAUUGUACGUUGCAAAAUUUCAAUCGGCCUUCUUAGUAAUUUCAAAACAAAACUUAAGCGAGAGUCCAUUAUGGCUUCUGACUUGAGCUAACGCAGGUACACCUAUGUUUUAGGAUUACUGACAAUCAAGUUGCGCAUGAAGUGCUAUACUAAGGUCUUUCCAUCCAAUGCUCUCAAAGCAAAGGCCGGUAUUUCAAAAGACUACAAGAUCGAGUGUACUAGUAUUAUAAAAUUAUAUUUACGUGUUGCGAAAGCCUGGGUAAAUGGCAACGGCUAGGAUGUUGCAGAUCUUAAUCUUCCACUUUUGCAUAUCCCUUCCUAGCUUAUUAGAUUGCCAUGUUAUCGUUGUUUUUCAGGCCAGAGAUUACUGUGGAGAGCUUGAUGGAAGGGACAUCUAUUGCGAUGACGGUAAUUUUGAUUAGAAAGAACUUCGUUGCGGUUUAUCUUACAAAUGAAAGAUUAUGCUCUUACAACUACUUGUAGUUGUUUGUAGAUGUAUUUCAUUCAAAUGGUUUUACCAAGACUGGGUUUUACCUCAAAGUAGUUUUAAAAUGCCUUUUUGACGGUUACAUGCCAGUGCACGUUUGCAUCGCUUGAAUUUUUGGAUUGGACUCUUGUAAAUGCGGAUUAUCGGAUCUAGUUUGUUGUGUACAAGCAGUAAUCUUGGAUUCGUAGGUGCAAACCAACAAUAAGUUUAAAUGAUUUUCGUUGUUAUUCAAACUGUAAAGUAUCGAUAUUGAGCAUUCUUAAUUAUCUCUCAUAGCAUUUCUAAACAUAGUUUUGUCCAGAGCAUGCACUUGCCAGUCAUUUGCAUUGUGAUUUGGGUAUCCCUGUACCCGCAUUACAGGGGUGGAUCCAGGAUUUUUCUUAGGAGAGGAUACACCACUAAGAAAUGGUGUAACUGACUGGUGACAUAAACAAAUUUUAAAAGUGAAAUACAAAGAAGGAGGCUUUUGACUAGGAAUAACAUAAUGUGAACCACUGGGAAUACAUAUCCGCAUAUUGUGCAGAAUACCAGUUGUUUUAGAAAGCCGCAGCUCAUCUGCUCCUGAAUUACUAGUGACAUGGGUAUCCAUAUUCAUAUUAUGCAAAAAAGUAAGUUUAUUUCUGAGUGUAUUUUAUUUCAGGUCAAUGCUGUGGAGACUUUGAAUGCUGCUCCUACUACAAGUACUAUAAAAUGUGGUGUAAGUGAAGAAUAUCAUCUGUGUUUACAUGAUGUGAGCAUGACAGUUGUUUGGAAAACAAAACAAUAUAUCGUAUUGUUUACUCUCAGGGUUUUGGUUGGCUUGGGGAGUGAUUUGUAUCUUUGCCUGCUGCUGUGCAUAUCAUCGAAGGCGUAAUUUUGCCUACCAGUGGCAGAUUAGGAAUUUUAUGUACCCAACAGUACUGCAUGGUGAAUCUGGAAACACAGCUUCUUAUCAACAAUUUGAAAACACUCCAGAAUACAAACUUCCUUCAUAUGCUGAAGUGGAGGCUAUGGGCAGUCUGGGUCCCCCUGAAGAUGGAGAAGGUGCUCCGCCUCCUUAUGUGGAUCCAACUGCAAAUGAGGAAUUACAAGAGGAGAACAAUGUUCCACAAGAGACGGUGUAGACUUUUGAAAGUUUUACUGCCAAUCUCACCUGAUGCAACAGAGGUCUAACUGUAGGAGACCGUAUGAGAAGUUUUCAUUCUAAUGUGUGGAUCCCUUUUCAAAGAGAAGGUCUUUAAGAGAAUUCUGAGUUAGUAACAUGAUGUGCAUAAGGCUUACUGUUUUCUAACAAUGCUUUGUUUUAUUAUCAAAGUAACCUUUAAGUCUCAAGUGGCCUUGGACUCUCAAGCUAAUCUUCAUAGUUUAACCCUUUAAGCCCCAGUAUCCACAUACAAGUUCUCCAAACUGAUCUCGAUACAUUUCCUUAAAGAAUGAGUCGAGAGAAGUUGAUAAAAGAUCAAGGCAUUUUUUCUUGGGUGAUCACUUUAUUAAUUCUCAUAACUUAUUUGUUGACAGUGUUUGGAUAUUGUUGGGAGAAAAUUGAUCUUGGUCACUAUUGGGACUUAAAGGGUUUAUCUAACUGGCCAGUAAUAGUUCUCAUUAUAAAGAUAAGAAUAGUUAUAAAAAAAAAUUUUAAAUAAUUGUAAACAAAACAUAUUUUGGAGAAAUAGCCUUACUUUGUUAAUGCCAGUCAGAGCAGAAAAACGUUUUUUUAAAAAGUGUGGAGGGAUCCUUUAAUAUAAAUUAUGUAUGUAAAUAUUUUCCUUAUUUUUACAAUAAUUAAUACAGUAUGAAAAAUGUUACUGCUUUAACAAUAGCUGGUAUAUUGUAAGGUUGUAUAAGAGUUUGUAUACUAUGUACAUAUUAUUUUGUAUCCUGUAGCAUGAAUUUUUUUUGUCAAUUUAUGUAAUUAUGAAAUUAAAAAAGGUAUUC